AUGACCUAUGACCUUCCAGAUCCAGAAUCAGUGACGCUGCACAAGAUCACCCCGCAGCUAUCACGCCGAGAAGACUUCGACGACUGGGAAGGGGUGGUGAUAAAACAACUGCAGGGCCUCAAGCUGCAAAACCUUAUCGAUGAUCAAAUUGAACGCCCAAAACGAUGUGACCCUGCGGCAAAACGUUGGUGGGAUCUUAGUCUACGAGUCAGUAGCUGGUUAUCUGACAGACUGGCUCCCCCAUUGAAGAACGAGAUCGUGCUGAGAGGUAGCAAAGUGAACUUGGCUGAUGACUUCAUGCGAAAGUGCCGACGACAGCUGAAAGCAGAGGGACACGGUGCUAUGGUUAAAGCAACUACGAAGUUCUGGAAGACUAAGCGCACUGACUUUGAUACAAUCACUGAAUUUGUGACGGAAGUCAAGUCUCGAUACAAAACCACCAUGGAUCUUAACUGCGGACUGAGGCCUUACCACGCGCUAGUACUCCUGGUAGACCAGCUUGGUACAGUGCCGGCUCUGUCAAACUUUGUUGGCAGACGGAAUGACAGAUUGGCUCUUGAGGGUGUGAAAGAGCUGAGCACUCGAUUUACCCUCGAAGAUCUGCUUGAAUACAGUCAAGAUGCUAUUGACGAGAUUAAUUUGAAAGGCCUAGACGAAGAAGGUGGGAGCUCGCAAGUAGCCGCUACCAAUCAGCAAAAAGGUCAAAGGCAGCAGAAUCAAAAGCAGCAAGGGCAGGAGAGGCUUAUGAAUUAUCCUCCCGGCAAGAAACCAUAUUGGAAGCAUGCCGAGGAAUGGAGAAAUCACAAGAUGCAGAAAUCAGCAAAUGGGAAUUGCAGUUUUUGCGAUAAACCAGGGCGUGGAGCUAAGAGCUGCUACCAUCUGGUAGUUGAAAACCCUUCCUUCAUACUGGAAGCCAGUCCCGGGACUCUGGUUUUUGAAAGGGAAGAAGACCCAGUUUCAUGA